ACAUUGGUUGGCUGUUGGCCAUUCUGCAUGCGGAUGGCCUAAGAUUUUCUCUUUAGAGGCUCCGCCGCCGUUGGUUUUUCCCGCACUCCGAACAUCACCACCUUUUACCCCGCCAAUCCACUCCGCCCCGCUGCGCCGCCCGCUACGAACGCACACUAUUCCGCCGUUAGGCCACCUAUUUCUGCCCUUUCCAACUAACUAAGCCAAAAACGUGGGAAGGAAAAGAGGCAAUAAUGUCAUCAUCGUCCGGAAACGAAAUGUCUUCCAUUCCUAAGCCCGUCCGCACUCACGAUGCCUGCCCUCGUAAGAACUCCACAGGGAUAUCCCAGGCGAUCAAGGCCAACGGCCUCGUCUUCGUGUCGGGCCAGAUUCCCGCCGACAAGACCGGCGCGAUCAUCAGCGGCACGAUCGAGGAGCAGACCGAAGCCGUCUUCGCGAACCUCUCCGCGGUGCUCAAGGCCUCUAACAGCUCGUUCAACAAGGUCGUCAAGGUCAACGUUUUCCUGUCCGACAUGGCAAACUUUGCCCGCAUGAACAGCGUGUACGCAAAGUACUUUUCCGGCCACAAGCCCGCGCGCAGCUGCGUCGCCGUUAGGGAGCUCCCCUUGAAGGUCGAUGUUGAGAUCGAGUGCAUUGCCCUGGAGGAUAACACUCCGGGCAAGAGGUCCGCGGUCGCGGCUCAGGCCGAGAGGGAGAACGAGGAUGACGACUAGAGGGAAUGCAAAUGCAAGUGUUGGAAAUGAAGGGAUUAAGUUUAUAGCCAUGAGAAGUUCAAAUGAAGGACCCUAAAGAAUGGUUGUGAUUGCCGAGCUCAUGAAGAAGCGGAGAGUUGCACGGCGCAACUCGGGAACUAUGGAUGAUUGCAUCGCUGAGUGACCAUCGC